AUUGCUGUUCCCACUUGAUUUCUCUUUAUAUGAAAUGGCCAAAUGGGCUUAUACUUCUCCACUCUCUUGUGUCGGUUUUCUCUGAAAAAUUCACUGUUCAACCUUUUCCUCUCAUUAAAUACUUAAUUUGACACACUUUAUUCUUCUUUUUUCUGUUUUUGUUUUUAUUGCUACAAUGGAGUUGGGAAGUGUACUCCAUUUUCUUCAAGAUAAGACCAUUUUAAUCACUGGUGCCACUGGUUUUCUUGCUAAAAUUUUGUUGGAGAAGAUAUUGAGAGUUCAACCAAAUGUUAAGAAGCUUUAUCUUCUUUUAAGAGCUUCAGAUGCAAAAUCUGCUUCUCAUCGCUUUCACAAUGAGAUAAUAGGAAAGGACUUGUUUAAAUGUCUAAAGGAAAAAUUGGGGGCAAAUUUUACUACAUUUCUUUCGGAAAAGUUGACUCUAGUACCUGGGGACAUUUCUCUUGAAGACUUGGGAUUGGAAGAUUCUAUUCUAAAGGAAGAAAUUCACAAUCAAAUAGAUGUUAUUGUUAAUUUAGCUGCAAAUACAAACUUUGAUGAAAGGUAUGAUAUAUCUUUGGGCCUAAAUACAUUUGGGAUUAAGUAUAUUAUAAACUUUGCAAAAAAAUGCAAUAAACUCAAGGUUCUUGUGCAUGUAUCAACAGCAUAUGUAUGUGGGGAGGGAGAAGGGCUCAUAUUAGAGAAACCAUAUCACUUGGGUCACUCCUUAAAUGGUGUGAAUGGAUUAGAUGUUGACAUAGAAGAGAAAGUGGUGCGAGAUAAAUUGUGUGAGUUACAACAGCUGGGAGCAACAGAGGAUGAAAUUAAAAUGGCCAUGAAGAACUUGGGUAUUAGCAGGGCAAAAUUAUAUGGAUGGCCAAACACAUACGUAUUCACAAAAGCAAUGGGAGAAAUGCUUGUGGGGCAAUUGAAAGGAAACUUGUCUGUUGUUAUUAUUCGUCCAGCCAUUGUCACCAGUACAUUCAAAGAACCUUUCCCUGGUUGGUCUGAAGGUGUAAGGACUAUUGACAGUUUAGCUGUAGCUUAUGGGAAAGGAAAAUUAACAUGCUUCCUUGGAGAUCUUAAUGCAAUUGUUGAUGUGAUACCAGCUGACAUGGUGGUGAAUUCAAUAUUAGUGGCCAUUGUAGCUCAUGCAAAUCAUCCUAAUAACGAUGCUAUAUAUCAUGUUGGUUCCUCUAUUAGAAGACCUCUUAUGUAUAGUGAUCUUCAAGAAUUUGGCUUUAGACAUUUCAAAGCAAAACCAUAUAUAAACAAAGAUGGAAAGCCUGUUAAAGUUGGUAAAGUUACAGUGUUUAGCAACAUGGACAGCUUCAGCAGAUUCAUGUUCAUUCGUUACCUUCUUAUGUUAAAGGGACUUGAGAUAGCUAAUACUGCACUUUGCCAGUAUUUCAAAGGGACAUAUCUUGAUCUCAAAAGGAAGAUCCAAAUUGUUAUGCGGCUGGUAGACCUCUACAAGCCUUACUUGUUCUUCAAGGGCGUAUUUGAUGACAUGAAUACAGAGAAGUUGAGAAUGGCAGCAAGACAAGGUGGGGUGGAGACAGAUUUGUUUUAUUUUGAUCCCAAAGUGAUCAAAUGGGAUGAUUAUUUCUUGAACAUUCACCUCCCUGGCGUCGUUAAAUACAUUCUAAAGUGAUACCAUAUAAAAUGAUGAGAUACAUAUAUAUGCUGGAAGAAUAUGAAUUGUAUCAAAAAGCGCUUUUAAGCGCUCUUUUUAGCAUUCAUUGUUUUAUUGGGUGAAAUCAAUGUAUGUCCACCACUUUAUGCAAGCUUCAUUUUCAAAGUAUAGGUCCCACAUUAAUUUAAACCAAUAAAAUAGUGAAUGAUAGAUAGAGUUCUCAAAAGAGAGUGUUAUUAGCAUUUAUCACUGGAAUAAUGUUGUUAAGUUCAAAUUUGUGAUGGAAGAAUUACACUAGUGUUGCUUGAUGGUAGUCUAAAUUGUGUUAGCUAGCUGCCAAUUAUGUUAAUUUCAAAGGUUUGAUCAAUAUUGAUAAGUGUAUUAUCAAAUAUCAUAUAUAUGUUUCUUUUCUCUUAAAUAUAACUAUUUCAUAUAAUACUAUUUCAGCUUGGUUUGUUGGA